AUGAGAGCCAGACUGUCUAAUGGCUCCAAACCCUGCUCCGGGAGAGUGGAGCUGCUUCAAGAGACCAGACACACAGUGUGUGAAGCUGCGUUUGACCGGCAGGAUGCAGAGGUGGUGUGUCGAGAGCUGGACUGUGGAGCUCCUGUAGAGGUGCUGGGAGCAGCUACAUUUGGAGAGGGAAAGGGCCAGGUCUGGUCAGAGGAGAUCCAGUGUGGAGGCAACGAGACUCAGAUUCACCUCUGCCCCACAUCUGCUCUGAAAACCAACUGCUCACAUGACAAGGAUGUGGGCUUAGUUUGUUCAGAUCCUCUGAGGCUGGUGAAUGGUAGCAGUCGCUGUUCUGGAAGAGUGGAGGUUUAUCAUGCAGGAGAGUGGGGCUCAGUGUGUGGUAACGGAUGGGACCCGCGUGACGCUGCAGUGGUGUGUAGAGAGCUGGGCUGUGGAGAGGCUAUAGAAGCUCUUAAGGAUGCCUAUUUUGGACCGGGGUCAGGAAGUAUUUGGAUGAGUGACGUGCAGUGUGUGGGGUCUGAGUCCACUCUGAAGGACUGCAGGUCACAAAGAUGGGUUGCAGAAAACUGUGGUCAUCAUCAGGAUGCAGGAGUAAUGUGCUCAGGAGUCAAACUGGUGGGCCGUUCUCAUUGCUCUGGAAGAGUGGAGCUGCUUCACACGGAGACCAAACACACAGUGUGUGAUGCUGCGUUUGACUGGCAGGAUGCAAAGGUGGUGUGUCGAGAGCUGGACUGUGGGGCUCCUGUAGAAGUGCUGGGAGCAGCUGCAUUUGGAGAGGGAAAGGGCCAGGUGUGGUCAGAGGAGAUCCAGUGUGGAGGCAACGAGACUCAGAUUCAACUCUGCCCAACAUCUGCUCUGAAUGUCAACUGCUCACAUGACAGGGAUGUGGGCUUAGUUUGUUCAGGUAAUGUAAGAGUCUACAUAUAAAAACGACAGAUGAUUAUUUACCUUUGUGAGUUAAUUAUCAAUCUAUUAAGCCUGGAAGCCAUGAUGUUUUUUUGUUUUCCCUUCAGAUCCGGUGAGGUUGGUGAAUGGCAGCAGUCGCU